ACAGCCUGGCCGGUCUUAGGAGAGAUUAACCUGAGGUGCCCCACAAUCACGCCAGGCCAGGAUGGCGAGAGAAGAAGCUACGGUGUUUGUUAUGUAUGGAUUUCUCACGGCGCUGGCGUGGCUUACAGGCCGCAUAGCAGACGGGUCGGUUCUGCCAAACCCUGAGAAACUCCUCAGCCGACCUGUGCGAAGAGAACAAGAGGUCAUUCAGCGACUCAACACAUCGGCCAUGAACACAGCCUUGGCCUUUGGGCCGUACCGUGACCUGGCAACCAGCACCGCUGCUGAGCAGCAACAGCACAACAUCUUGUUCUCGCCCUUGGGCCUGGCGUCAGCUCUGGCGCUGCUGUCCCGAGUGUCUGGAUCCGAGAGUCGGAGCCAGGCCCUGGAGGCCCUGGGGCUGGCGGCCAACGCUACAGAGCAGAGCGUGGAGGCCACCGUAUCUGCUCUCGCUGAUUUGCAACACAGCCUCACGCUACACGAGGGAGGAGGGGUUCAAAGGGCAGAAUCUGCAGCUGGAACAGGAGCUGGGAUUGGGGCAACUCCAGAGGUGGAGAUUGGAGAGGGAGAUGCUGGAAACAGAUCUGAUGCAUAUGAUGGGCCAGAGGCUAGGAAUGAAACUGAGGGUGGGGUUCAUCCUGGUGGUCAGCUCAGAGUGUGGAGCAGCCUACAUAUUGACGGAAAGCCCUCCCUAGACUAUGGCGGUUUCAUGCUCAGGCCUCAGCCAACCUCCGCCUGCAACACCAGCUUUGACACGUUGAUCAAAGACUUGGAAGCCUCUGACAAACUUGAACUUACCAAUUAUGUGUAUUUCAAAGGUCGUCAACCAUUCGAGCGGCGCCACACGGUGCCGAGGAGCUUUCAGCUGAACGCCACCACCAGCGUGGAGGUCGCCAUGAUGUUGGAGGACGAUUCCUCUGAGGUGAUGAUGCUGUAUGACACCAACUGCUCAGCCACGGUGGUGCGGCUGGCCCACUCCGAGCGCCUGGCCUCGCUGCUCCUGCUCCCUAAAGCCGAGCUGCAGCCCCUCGAGGACUGCCUCUCGGACGGACGCAUGAGCUUUUGGCGCAGCAACCUGAAGCCGGGGCGGGCCGAAAUCCGUUUCCCUAAGUUCCAACUAAGGAAAUCCUACAGUUUAGAAAGCCUCCUGAGGAACUCUGGGGUGUCAUCGGUUUUCUCACACUCAGCCGACUUCUCUGGAAUAUCGCAGAAGACUCUGAAACUCACCAAGGCUCCUCAUGAGGUUCUGCUGGAGGUGGAAGAGACCAAGUAUGAAGAUGGGGGGAGACCUGACAUCAUGCUGGACUUCUCUAUUCCCACGAGGAUCACCUUCAACAGACCAUUCAUGCUCAUAAUCUACGACGAUCUCACGGGGCUUGUCCUGCUCAUGGGGAGAAUUAUCGAUCCCACAGAUGUCUAGACCGGAGUGUGAACACCACUCUCUCUUUUUUGUACUUUGCUAUUGAUAUAAUACUGCACUCACUUACAUUUGUAUUGUAUUUUUUCCAAAUAGCAUGGUAUAUUUUCUGGGGAAAGAAAUGCUUUUCCAGCAAUUACACUAACGUUGCAGAGUGCUUUGUUUUACCUCCAAUUUCCCCAAACAUUACAGGCUGAUUUACAGUUUAUUUCCCCAUUCCCACAAAAUGAUGACAAGAAAUUCAAAUGGCAGUCAUUUAUCCGUGUUCUUGCAAAAACAUAAAACACUUUUCUUCCACUAC